UCUCUCCUUUUUGAUUUACUUAUAUAUUACUUGUAUUGACAUCAGGCAAUACUUUGUUGUAGGUACAGCAGUCUAAACUGUUGGCAGUUUUUGACUUUGACCACACCCUUGUGGAUGGAAACACAGACACAUGGGUGACCAAACUACUUCCAUCCACCAUGCAGUUGAUACGAGAGCAUCAGAAGCAAGGAUGGUGUUGGACUAAUAUUAUGGACAAAGUCUUUGGUGUUCUGCAUGCAGAAAAUGUAACCAAAGAAGACUAUGUUAAGUGUUUUGAAACUCUGCAAUUUACAGAAGGAAUGAAGGAAGCUUGCCAUUUUUUGCAGACUCGAAAGGUGCCAACAAUAAUUAUAUCUGACUCCAACAGUUACUUUAUUCAUCAUAUACUGGAGCGUGAUUUCCUGCGUGAAGCUUUCUGUGGUGUUUACACAAACCCUGCAAUGUGGGAAAGCAGUGGCCAGCUACAUGUUGAGCGAUAUCAAGAGCACUACUGCAAUAAUUGCCCAGAGAAUCUUUGCAAAUCAACAGUCCUUCAGAAGUACCUGACUGACAGCCAUCAACAUUUCAAGCACAUAGUUUAUGUUGGAGAUGGACAUGGCGAUCUUUGUCCCUGUCUAAUGUUAAAAGAAGGAGACUACAUCUUGGCACGGAAAGGAUACAAACUUUUACACUGCUUACAAGGUGAAAAAAAUUCAGAGGUCAAUGCAGAAGUUAUUCCUUGGACAACUGGGUUUGAAGCAUUGCAGUUGUUUCAAAAAUUGUGUGACACUUAAAUGAGCUUUUUCAUUGCCAGAGUUGUUUGUGAAACUUAGCUUUCUCAUUUGUACACAUUUAUGUAUUUAUGAUACAAUGUUUACUUUGCUGACCAUGCAACUUUCAAAAUGCUUUUUCAAUAAUUUUUUUUAUUAUAAACUAUUUAUAAUAAUAAUUAUAAUAAAAAUGAAAUGGAAAUGGCUGACCCAAGGAGUUCCAUUUAACUGGUUCAGUCCAAGAGGUA